AUGAACCUCCAGGAUUUUGCUGUAACUAGUAGUGCAAUAAGGUUGACAUCUCAUAAAAUGCCACCUGAAUUAUCAGAGUUAUACUUUGGAAAUACUGAGGAAUCUGAAAACUUUCGAACUUAUAACAACAUGUUUGCAUUUACUUCACUUGGUGUAAAGUAUGAUAAAGAGCUAGCGAAAAGAAAUUGCGAUUUAUUUAGAAUUGAGGUCUUGCAAGGACUCCUUGAUAUUUUAAAAUGUGGUGAAAGGGAAGCCUCUAAAAUUGGAAAGAAAACAUUCCUCCCUGUUACAUUUAUAGGGGGACCAAGGGACAUGCACCAACGAUAUAUGGAUGCUAUCGCAUUGGUACAAUAUUUUGGAAAACCUGAUUUCUUUAUAACAAUGACUUGUAAUCCUUCUUGGCCAGAAAUAAAAGAACAUUUGUCACUGGCUGAUGAGGUAUAUAACAGACCUGAUUUAAUUAGUAAAGUUUUCAGAGUAAAAGUGGAAGAAUUAAAGACGGAUAUUUUAAAAAGACAAAUCUUUGGAAGAGUUGCUGGAUUCAUGUAUACUAUAGAAUUCCAAAAAUGCGGUCUUCCACAUGCUCAUUUCCUUAUUAUACUUACUGAUGACCACAAAUUACUGAUUCCUGAAUCUUAUGAUAAAUUUGUCUGUGCAGAAUUGCCUGAUUCUAAAAAAGAUCGCGAUCGAUAUUCACUUGUUAUUAAACAUAUGAUGCAUGGUCCUUGUGGAAAGUUAAAUCCUACAAAUAUUUGCAUGAAAAAUAAUAACUGCAAAUUCAAGUAUCCAAAAGAUUUUGCUGAACAAACAUCAAAAGGGAAGAAUUCAUAUCCAAUAUACAGAAGGAGAAGAACCGGAUAA